AUGAAACCUAUGAUCGAUGCGUGGCAGCAGGCCAUGAAGGAUACUGGGUGUACGGCCAUCCUAGAGACAAACAUUUUCCGUACGUGCUACACGGCGCAUGACUAUACGUUACAGCUUUGCUCUCCCAGCCUUGAAUACAACAUUUCGGACUUACCACCAUCUGUGGAAUUCGCAGGUGUCUUGCCUCGGAAGUCUGCUGCUCCGAGCUUUCAGUAUCCUUCAUGGUGGUCAGAGGUCGAGAGAGCUCAGAAAGACAAUCAAUACCGGCAUGUGGUCUUCGUCUCCCAAGGUACCGUCAAUAUGGAUUACUACGAACUCGUUCUUCCAACAAUCGAAGCCUUCUCUCAAACUGAAGACAUCCUCGUUGUUGCAACCUUGGGUGGCCGUGGCGCUCAACUCCCGCAUGGCUUUAUCGUUCCCUCGAACGCUAGGGUCGUGGACUAUAUGCCUUACGACAUUAUACUUGAGUGUACCGAUGUAUUUGUCUCCAACGGGGGAUAUGGCGCCUUAACACAUGCUGUGAGAAAUGGUGUUCCCAUUGUACUAGCAGGAGAAAGCGAGGAGAAGAUUGAAGUUACUAUGCGGGCAGUUUACGCUGGCCUUGGCGUCAGUCUAUCGACCCAGAGGCCUUCGACAGAUCAAAUCAGGCAUGGAGUUGACCGUAUCUUCCAAGAUACCAAGUUCAAAAAGGCGGCAAUGAAGCUAAAACAUGAGAAUGAUGGCAUGGAUGCAUUAGCAGCGGUGGAAAGAAAGGUUCGUGCACUCACAUUCUUUACCAUUCAGAACAAAGAUCCCCUCUACUUGAUACAAUCUAUUACACUGUCCGCAAACUCCUCCUCUCUUCUCAAUAACAGCAAUUAG